CAUACGGCGGGAGCCUUCCAUCUUGGUAUACGAUGUAGGGUCAAUGAGGUCAGCUCCAGCCCUAAGUUGCUGCUUCCCUUCGUCUUUCAGUGCCGUCAUCAGUAAGCCUCUACAGAAACGGAAGACGAGGCGGAGUUUCAUGGCCGUCGCCCCACAGUAGCAGUGACGCUUCAUGUCCCUGGCACGUUCACCUAGGCAUAUAUAGCGUGUGUCCGGCGGCAGCACACCUCCAGCCGCCAGCGUGCUUCGCCCAGUAUCCGCAACCCGCCAGCAACAUCUACCACCAUGAAUGUUCUCCGAGUCGCCGUCUCCGCAGCACUGCUUCUUUCGAAUGCCUUCGCCGCGGCCGUGCCCUCUAUCAAGUACUGCCAGAAUCCUCGUGCUGUCAAUACCGACUACGUUGGACGCGACAAGAAUGUUCUCGUACAGUACACUGCUUGCGACGGUGUUGCAACGACCCAAAUCGCCCGUGCCAUCGAGGCGAGGCAGAGCAACAACGUUUGUGGCGCGCCCUACAAUACCUCCUGCUUCACCCCAUCCGGUGGAGGACCCGACCCUAACGAUUGCCACGUCAUUACCGACGCGCUGCUCUACGACAGCCAAAACAUUGGUGCCUUGUUCACGCUCGAUCCCGCGCAGAACACCUCCCUCAUCACGAUGACCUACCAGAGUUGUGAGAGUUUCAUGGUCAACCAGGACAACGUCGCUCUGACGUACUGCCGGACGGACUGGGCAUCGAUCCUUGAUAACCUCGCGUUCAACUGCCAGGCUACACAGAACGCGCACGGAGGACUUUCCGUUGCGACUGACCAGGAAUGGUUCAUCCAGGUCCAGCAUUCUUGA